AUGUCUAGGGAAGAAUCGACUUUUAGAUGCGCAUGCCAAAUCCGAGCCAUCGCUCAUGACUCGAUUUCCUCAGCUUCCCUGUUCUUGCUGGUGUCUGUUGUCGCGGGGACGGCGCUGCUUCUGCUGCAGCCCUCCAGACUGACCAGCCUCGUUGGUACCUGCUCCUGCGGCUUCAGUACAGCCGUAGCAGCAGCCAUCGGGGCACUGCUUUGGCUCUAUGUUCUUAGGAGACUCGCUGAGGGUUAUCGGCUCCCACCCUCUCUCUGGCCCAAGGAUGAGCGGUCAGCCCUCUUUCGCUGCGUAGAGAGCUGCCUUGCGCUCCUUGGCAUGCAGCUGCUACGGCGCGACGUGCACAUGCAGCAGAGUCCAAAACACAUGAAGGGCAAGGUGUGUGCAGUCACGGGGUGUAACUCCGGCAUAGGAAAGGAAAUCGCUCUGCAGCUCGCUUCCUGGGGUGCCCGUGUAGCUGUGCUUUGCCGCAACGAGGAAGAGGGAAAGUCUUUGGCUCGCCAAAUACACCUCCAGCAUCAGAAGGAACGGCAGGAGGAGGGGGAUCCAGGGCAGUGCGGCAGUGCAUGCGAAGAGGGGGGUUGCGUGGCGCGUUUUAUCAAGGCGGAUUUGUGCUCCUUGCAAUCUCUACGGGAGGCCGCUGCUGAAGUGACAGACUUCUGCAACAGCGGCAACGCAAGCGCCGAAAACAGCAGCGCUGACAACAGCAAAGGACUCGAUGUACUGGUGCACAACGCUGGUGUGUUGAUGGCUCGAGAGCUACGAGUUGAGAAAACAGGGGUCGAAACGAUGUUCUAUACACAUGUGAUCGGACCCUACUACCUGACUCGUUUGCUUCAGAGGAGCUUGCAAAUGGCAGGCGGAAGAGUUAUUUUUGUAUCUUCUUUGGCGCAACACUCGGCUGCACCCACCUUCCAUCCGCUGAAUGCUAUUUGCAGAGACAAGGAGUACACUGCCGCGGCUGCGGCUGUUGUCGCCUCUGCUGCUGCUCCAGCCUCAGCGGAUGAUGGAACGGAUCCAGCCCCCUGGACAGAGGAGACUUACAAUGGAAGAGUUGCGUAUGCAUGCAGCAAGCUGGCGGAGACGUGCCUUGCAGCCGCGCUUCAGAGAGACUUCAUCAGCAACAGCAGCAGCAGCAGCAAGCGCGAUCCCUCAGUGCCCCUCGUGUUGAGCGUACACCCCGGAGUGGUGGACACGAAGCUGCCGAGACACCUGAGCAGACAAAGUUUUCUAUGGCCCCUCUUUUUGUCAUGUGUGCGCCACUCGUUGUUCAAAACUGCGUAUCAGGGAGCAGCGACGCCACUUUUGCUGGCAGCUGCCCCCCGUGAUACACUUAAACCUGGAGGCUACUAUGCCGAGGGGGAAGAAGGCAUUGCAGACUCCAGAGCAACUAGCCUCGCUUUGCAGGACGCAACGCUGGCCAUCUGCGAAGCACUGACGGGAAUGUGA